AUGAACGAACGCAAAAUGGACCUUAGCGAACAGAUGAGACUUCCAAAAGAAGUUAAUAGGAUACUUUAUGUAAAAAAUUUACCUACAAAAAUCACUGCAGAGCAGCUAUAUGAAAUUUUUGGAAAAUACGGCGCUAUCAGACAAAUUAGGAAAGGAAUUGCUGGGGAUACAAAAGGGUCAGCCUUCAUCGUCUAUGAAGAUAUUUUUGAUGCUAAAAAUGCAAUGGACCACUUGAAAGGGAUGCAAGUAGCAGGAAAAUAUCUUGCUGUGCGGUAUUUUGAUAAAGACAGACUUUUAAAAAGAAUUGAAAUCAGGAAAGCAAAACAAGAGAUCGAAAAUCUUAAGAAAAAGCUAAGCUAA